GCCUUGUCACCACAACAGGUUGCGUUUGGUGGAAAAUGUGGCAGAUCGUCGAGGUACGAAAAUUAACGUAAAACUCCAACAAAUGCUCAUCAAUGGCAACAGCCCGCUGAGACCGAAAACGCAGCACAACAGACCAAACAGCAACGGCCACACCAACCAACCAAACGCACACAAGCAAGCUCAACGAGCGACGAGACGACGAAGCGAGUGAGCCGUGGACGGAACACAUUAAGCCUCGCUUCAAGGAUUGGCUAGAAUUUCCCAACAACGGGCUGUGGUGCACGUUCUGUGACGAUAGAGGCGUCUUACUGGACUUGGUUGUGGUGUGGAAAACCUGACUGUGUGACCAGCGACCCUGUCGUACGCAGAUCUCAGCCGCCAUCAGAACCCAAACAUGGACAGUGAGAAACCGCUGCUCUUGUUCAAUGCCGGCAAGAAAGAGGUGUUCUCUCCUGGAAGUGGGUUCAAGCAGCUCACGCGAAGGCUCAGAUCAACAUGGAGAGUCGCAUCGUUGAAGGAGGAGUUGACAUCAGAGAGGCUGGAGGAUGCACGCGUCCUUGUCUUCGCCGGCCCGCGACAAAAGUUCACAGCAGGAGAGUUUGAGGUGAUUCGGCAGUACUUGGAGAAUGGCGGGAGCCUACUCAUCAUGGUGGGCGAGGGCGGCGAAACCCGCUUUGACACAAACAUCAACUUCCUGCUGGAGGAAUACGGCGUCAUGGUAAACGCCGACGCUGUUGUGCGCUCCACCUUCUACAAAUACCACCACCCGAAGGAGUGCCUGGUCUCCAACGGCGUGCUGAACAGGGAAAUCAACAAGGCGGCGGGAAAACCGCAGCCCAGUGGCAGGGCAGAUGAUACGGCCUUUGAUCAGAUGAGCUUACAGUACCUGUACCCGUUUGGCGCAACGCUGAGCGUGCAGCCACCGGCUGUUCCCGUUCUCAGCACAGGCAACGUCUCCAUCCCGCUCAACCGCCCAACCUGCGCAUUCUACAGCAACGAUUCUCGCCCGGGCAAGCUGGCGGUGAUUGGCUCCUGCCACAUCUUCAGUGACCAGUACCUGGACAAGGAGGAGAACGGCACACUGCUGGACGUUGUGCUGUCAUGGUUGACAGACGACGACUUUGAGCUCAACCACAUUGACGCAGAGGAGCCCGAGAUUUCAGAAUACGUCCCCAUCCCACACGUGCAGAAGCUCGCAGAUAAGCCGCGCGUGUGUCUGCAGGAGAGCGAUGACGUCCCCCGCGAUUUCACCACGCUCUUUUCCGGCUCUCUCUUUGGUAUCUCCACCAAGCACAUCCCAGCCACCGUGCAGGCGUAUGCAGAUCUUGAUGUCGCACACGAGCAGUUGCGUCUGAUUGAGCCGCAGUUUGAGGCGCCCCUGCCACCACUGCAGCCUGCCGUGUUUCCGCCCACGUUCAGGGAGAUGGGCCCACCUGCCCUUGACCUGUUUGACCUCGACGAGAGCUUCUCCUCGGAGAAAGUCAGGCUCAACCAGCUCGCAAACAAAUGCACGGAGGAUGACCUGGAGUACUUUGUGCGCGAGUGCGGCGACAUUAUGGGCAUCACACAUCGCCUCGACAAGACAAAGCGCGAUGGCAAGCACAUCCUCGAAUACGCCCUUAAGCAGCUCGUUAAGUACAAGCGAUCCAGCAUGAGCUGAGCUUGAAACACAUGAAAAGAAAUGUGCACCCAUGUGUGUGUGUGUGUUGAGUUGUCCUCGUUGGUGUGUCGCUGUUGUGCGUUUCGUCGUUCUCGUACAGCAGUGGUCAGGGCGGCUGUGCCUUGCUUGCUGUUGGCUGUUGUACAUUGCUUGUGUGUGUGUCUGCUCGUACCCUUUGCUUGCUUGCUUGUUUGCUCUCCUUUCUUGGUCUCUCGUUCCUGCUUAUCUCUCUCUCUCUCUCUCUCUCUC